AAUCAACAUAAGCAAAGAAGGGAAGUUUUCAAACCAUUGACUAAAACCCAUUGUUGAACUUAAUCCCACUGAGCAGAAUAUGGAGGUACUUAUGGGAGAACGGGCUGAUCUGGUCUUUCACAAUAAAGUAAUCGGUGGAACUGCCAUUAAGCGACUUAUUAGUAGAUUAAUAGAUCACUUCGGAAUGGCAUAUACAUCACAUAUACUGGAUCAAGUAAAAACUUUGGGGUUCCGGCAAGCUACUGUUACAUCCAUUUCCUUAGGGGUCGACGAUCUUUUAACCAUACCGUCUAAGGGGUGGCUUGUUCAAGAUGCUGAACAACAAAGUUUUAUUUUGGAAAAACACCAUCAUUAUGGAAAUGUACAUGCAGUAGAAAAAUUACGCCAAUCCAUUGAGAUAUGGUAUGCUACAAGUGAAUAUUUACGACAAGAAAUGAGUCCCAAUUUUAGGAUGACCGACCCCCUAAAUCCAGUUCAUAUAAUGUCUUUCUCAGGCGCUAGAGGAAAUGCAUCUCAAGUACACCAAUUAGUGGGUAUGAGAGGAUUAAUGUCAGAUCCACAAGGACAAAUGAUUGAUUUACCCAUUCAAAGCAAUUUACGCGAGGGACUCUCUUUAACAGAAUAUAUAAUUUCUUGUUACGGAGCCCGUAAAGGGGUUGUGGAUACUGCUGUACGAACAUCAGAUGCUGGAUAUCUUACUCGCAGACUUGUUGAAGUAGUUCAGCACAUUGUUGUACGACGGGUGGAUUGUGGUACCAUUCGAGGAAUUUCUAUAAAUACCCAGAAUGAAAUAAUGCAAGAAAGAAUUUUGAUACAAACAUUAAUUGGUCGUGUAUUAGCAGACAAUAUAUAUAUAGGUUCGCGAUGUAUUGCCAUUCAAAAUCAAGAUAUUGGGAUUGGACUAAUCAAUCGUUUAAUAAAUUUUCAAACACAAUCAAUAUCUAUUCGAACCCCUUUUACUUGUAGGAAUACAUCUUGGAUCUGUCGAUUGUGUUAUGGGCGGAGUCCUACUCAUGGAAACUUGGUGGAAUUAGGCGAAGCUGUAGGUAUUAUUGCGGGCCAAUCGAUUGGAGAACCUGGUACUCAACUAACAUUAAGAACUUUUCAUACAGGUGGAGUAUUCACAGGAGGUACUGCAGAACACGUGCGAGCUCCGUCUAAUGGAAAAAUAAGAUUCAAUCAAGAUUUGGUUUAUCCCACGCGUACACGUCACGGUCAUCCUGCUUUUUUAUCUUAUAUAGACUUAUAUGUAACUAUUGAAAGUGAUGACAUUCUACAUAAUGUUAGAAUUCCACCGAAAAGCUUUUUAUUAGUUCAUCUAGUAGCUUUUUUCUUCUGA